UUUGUAAGUAUUAUCUUAUGAGAAUUUUUUUAUUUAUUGGUUAAUUUAGUUUCAAACGCCUAACCAAGUUAAUUUUGCAGUUUUUCUAUCAUGUAUGUAGAUUUCGAUUUCGCAAUUAACAAUCUACUCACGUGACUAAUAGAAGAGUUCCUUGCAAAGCAGUAUGGGAAGGUUCCUUUCCUACCGUUGACGAUAAUAAAUGUCUUAGUCAAUUUGAAAGUAUAAAAUAUAUAUUUUUCUCUAAAAAUCAUUUUGUUUGUGCUUAUUUUAUUCUGCAUUUAACUCGAUAUAUUAGGCGAAUGAUUCUGCAAAAGUUGAUUUUUGUGGCUGGUAGUACUCGUCGAAUGAUGGCAUUAUUGUCGACUCUUGAAUUUCUGUUAUGAUUUGAAGUAAUAAUGGAUGUGAUCUCAAGUUUCAAGUUGAAAGUGUUCACAAUUUCUCUGAAAACUAGAGAAGCUUUGGCCAUCUCAUCAUUUUACUCUCGAGAUUAUUGAUUUGGAUUAUCAAAUUCGUCAUCGCUAUAAAAUUUGCCUCAUCAAGUCUUUAGUUCGUAUACGUUGAAUAGUAAUACAGUUUAUAAAAGUACUUGAAUAUUUGAACAUUGAAUUUGCUCUGAUUUCCUCCAAGAUUUUUAUGAUACAACUGAUUAAAAUACAAAGCUUCACCUUGCAAAUGUUUGCCGAUUAAAUUGCUGCUUUCUUGGAGCGACGCGUAACAUCAGCAAAACGUUUUUGAUCAUUUUCUAUAAUGUUUUGGAAGUUUGAUUUGCAUUCCAACUCGUCGUUGGAUACUGUGCUAUCGAAAGAUGAUUGCACUCUGUCUGAGGUACUUGAUGAAGAUGAUGUGCUACAAGAAUGUAAAUCUCAAAAUCGGAAACUCUUAGAUUUUCUCACAAGAAAAGAAAUUUUAGAAGAAAUGGUGGAUUUGAUAGUUAUGGAGCCUGAUGAAGAAGUAGAGGAUAAACUAAGAUAUAAAUAUCCCAAUGUAGCUUGUGAAAUUCUCACUUCUGAUGUUCAAAUAAUAGUUGAAAAACUAGCUGAAAAUGAGGUUUUACUAGAUAAACUUUGGCAAUUUUUAGACACUGAGAAAACUCUUAAUCCUCUCUUGGCUAGCUUUUUUAGUAAAGUAUUUUCGCUUGUUGCCGGAAGAAAGACAAAUGCAGCUCUUCAAUUCCUAAAGUCAAAGAAAAACCCUAUAGACAGCAUACUACGACACAUUGAUACAUCAGCAAUUAUGGAUCUUGUGUUGAAAUUUUGCCAUAACAUUGAUAUGAUUGAAUCACGGUCAGAUGUGUUACAGUGGUUAAAUAAUGAGAGACUUAUACAGAAACUUGUAGAAAUCAUUAAUCCACGAAAUUCACCAGAUAAAAUCUAUAAUUCCUCACAAUGUAUAUGUGAGCUAAUAAAAAGUAGUCGAGAACAAAUGUCACAACUUCAAGAGUGUGCACUGCCAGAUCCCAUAUUAUCCACAAUAGAAGACAAUGAGACACUAUCUGUGUUGCUUGACCGUAUGUUACAUGAAGUACACCUAUCAUCCUCACAUGACAGCAUCGUGGGCGGCAUUAAUAUUCUUCUAACGUUAUUAGAAAUUAAUAAAGCAAAUUCUGAAUCGCCAUUUUCAAAUGUUGAACUUGGAGAACCAUUAACACCACUGGAUGCUGAACGAUUGAAUCACGGGGUAUCUGUAACACUAUCUGCAAUCUUGCCUAAACUUAACGACUUUCAUCAUCUUUUGACUAACCCACCACCGAUGGUUGCUAUAUCAACUACAGCAGGUACUCUUGAACCACCAUUUGGAAAAACACGAUUACAAAUUAUGAAGCUAUUUGCUGUCGUCUUGCAAGCGAAGCGCAACGAUGUGAAAGAGGAAUUGGCUAAACUAGGCACUCUUAAUGUCAUGUGGGAGUUGUUUUUUCGUUAUCCAUGGAAUAAUUUUCUUCAUGCUCAAGUAGAACAUUGCAUCAACUCCAUUUUAUGCAACGCUCCAACAGAUAGCAGUUCAGAACACGAUUUACUCCGAACACUGAUGAAAGAUUUAAAUAUUGUUCAUGAAAUCACCAAAGCUUUUGAUCUUCAAGAGAAUGGGAAUGAAACGAUUCGUCAUCGUCAUGGCUACAUGGGUCAUUUGACCAAGAUUGCAAACAAUCUUUACAAAAAUAUCAACAAAGGGAAAAAUCAAGAGAGGCUGACCAAACUUUAUGAUGAACUAAAGCAAGAAGAUAAGGACAAAUGGGAACAGUUUGUUUCUGGGAAAUUAGCAGAAAUAAACAAAAAGAACAACACAGACCUGGCUGGUCGACAUCCUCUUCAGUCCUCUGAUGAUGAUGAUGACGACUAUCGUUCUUCAUCAUACUUGCAUAAUGGAAAUACUGCUUCCUAUCAGCAGGCUUUUGCCAAUUAUCAGCUACAGCAAAUGGCUCCAGAAUUUCUCGACUCAAUGGGAUUCGAUGAAGACCAUUUUCCAGAAUCUGACGAUGACAUGAACGCGCCGUAUGACAGAAUAACAAAUAUUGACUUUACGACCUCAAGUCAAGACAAUUCAGCAUCUGUCAUGUUUGAAGAGGCUUGUAACGAAAGAAUACGUACUUAUGAUGACAGUGAUGAUGAGGAUGUGUGGAGCACAAAGGAAAUUACUUUCUCUCCAAAUGCUGAAUUAAGAGGUUUGCCGUCUGAAGACUCGGGGAGCAGCGACAGUGAUGAUGAAGGAGGGAAACUAAAUGAAACAUUAGAUGACGAUAACCAUGAGAAAAUUAAAGAUUUUGAUGAUAUAAGAACAUCGUCUCCUUGUUCAUAUAAAGACAAUGAUUAUAAUAUGGACAUUGACAACAAUGAUCCUUGGUCAGCCAAUUUUGACUCCGAUGCUGUUUCAAUGGAGGUUGUUCAAAGUGCUAAUCCAUCCAGUGUUGGUUGGGCAACUCCUGGUAAGACUGGGGAGAGUGAAGAGGGCUGGGCCAAGUUUGAUGACAUUGAUAGUAUUGGUGGACCAUCAAGCUCCACUCCAUCUCGUGAUGAAAGUUGCAAUUCUCCCGUUGCUAUGGAUACGGAGGCAGUACCAUCCGCAGGCUCAGUCUAUAUAGUCAACACAGACGGCUUUUCUGACAAUUUCACAAAAGAAGACACACCAUCUGAUGAUGUUCAGGAAGUUGCUAUAGAAGAAAAGCUGGAUGAUACCGUUACUGUAUCUGAUGAUGGUCCGUCUAUGUCACAUGACACGGCAAAAAAUGACGUGGCGUUGACCAAUAUACACGAUGAUGACGAAGGUGACACGUCUUCAUGUAAAGAAUCAACGGUGAAGAGUUCACUUGAAGACUUUGUUGGAGAAAAGGACGGCAUUGUGAAGACUGAGAAUAUGGCAAAACAAGCAGUAAUUGCUGAUAAUAUAAAUAAUGAUUUUGUUGGUCAAAUACCAAGUAUGAAAGAGGUAAAGGAAGAACACGAGGAGACAAAUAAGGAUGAUGAUGAAGUUCUUAUUGAUAAUUGUGGCGAAGUAGAAAAACAUGAUAUGUCCAAUGAAAGUAGCGAGGGAGCGACUUCACAAGAAAAGAUUCCCGUGUCUGCCUGUAAUGGUCCAAUGUUGUCUUGAUAAACCAUAAUUCUCUUGCCUUGCGUCUGAAAACUUACAUACCCUCAACUCGUAUCACUUGAAACAAAGGAGGCUUGCGAUACAUGUCCUAAGUAAUCCACGAAUGUCAUGUGUUAUCCAUCUUUGACCUUGUGAUGGGACGUAACGGGGAGGAUUAAAUGCCAAGGAUAAAAGAUAUUUUUAUCCACUUGCGUUCACUUAUUCCCGAAACAUUGAUAACUGAAUUUGUGUAAAUAGUUCAUUAAACAUGUCAAUUGCACUUGUUUCACUUUGCACUUUCUUAUAUGAAAACGUAAUAUGUUACAAAAUAUAAAUAACUGCAAUAAAUAUUCAUACAUUUCUCUAAAAUAAAUUUGAUUUAUUUUUA